AUCAGCCAUCCAGCAAGCCAAGGGGAAGGUGGGAGAAAGAAUCUUUGGCCAGGCAGGCGUUUGGCACCUUUAGGAAACCCCUAGAGAGCUGCAGCGGAUCAGGCUGUCUGAGCGAGUGUCUGACAGGCGGACAUAGUACUGACUGGAAUGGCAGAUGACAAUGUAUCAGCUGGAAGUGGGAUGGAGAUGGAUGACCGUCUCUCUCACCUGGAGCAGAGGGUGCAGCUGCAGGAGGACGAGAUUCAGCUGCUGAAGGCGGCGCUGGCGGAUGCUUUGAGAAGGCUGGGCUGCUGUGAGGAGAUCACACAGACCAGCAGCAAGAAACAUGGACCUACUAAAGUUCGUCAGAUACUGCAAGCUCUGCCAUCCAAGCCUUUGACAAAUGGCUAUGUGCAAACAAAACGUUUGAGUGGCUACCCUUCCUCUCCCUCCUCUCCGAAAAAGGAGGUACUGAUGUCUAUCAAAAGGAAGAGCAUGUCCACAGAACGCCUUUCCACAGUGAAGAAGGAGAUGGCCGAUUCCCGCAGCAGAACCACCUCAUCUGGCAGCUCAACAAGUGGAAAGAGAGACAGCAAAACCAAAGAGUGCACCUUCAAUGCUGAUGAUGGUUACGUUCGGAUGUUCAUACGUGGACGUCCAAUCACCAUGCAUAUUCCAGACCAGCAGAAGGAAGCCUACAACCUUGACCACAAGGUGGCGCUGCCAGAGCGCAAGCUAAAACUUCAGUGGGUUUACGGCUAUAGGGGAAGAGACUGCCGUUCCAACCUCUACCUGUUGCCGACGGGAGAGAUUGUGUACUUCAAUGCUUCGGUAGUGGUGCUAUACAAUGUAGAAGAGCAGCAACAAAGACACUAUCUGGGCCAUAAUGAUGAUGUCAAGUGUUUGGCCAUCCAUCCAGACAUGGUCACUAUAGCAACAGGACAAGUUGCCGGAACAUCCAAAGAUGGCAAACUUUUGCAGCCUCAUGUCCGCGUCUGGGACUCGGUCAGUCUGAACACUCUUCAUGUGAUCGGAGCAGGUGUGUUCGACCGAGCCGCCACCUGUGUUGCCUUCUCAAAGUCGAAUGGUGGUGCUCAUUUGUGUGUGGUUGACGAUGCAAAUGAUCACAUUUUGUCUGUUUGGGACUGGCAGAAAGAAAAGCAACUAGCGGAGGUUAAGUGUUCCAAUGACUCAGUGCUGGGCGCUGUCUUCCACCCCAUGGAGGCCAGCCUUAUUGUCACCUGCGGGAAGUCUCACAUCAACUUUUGGACAAUGGAAGGGAGUACUCUUACAAAACGCCAGGGACUGUUUGAGAAACAUGAAAAACCCAAGUAUGUACUCUGCAUCGCUUUUGCUGAGAAUGGAGAUGCAAUCACCGGAGAUUCUAGUGGAAACAUAUACAUCUGGGCUAAAGGAGGGAACAGGAUCAGCCAGGUGGUUUCGGGAGCCCAUGAGGGUGGGAUCUUCUCUCUGUGUGUGCUGAAGGAUGGAACGCUGGUGUCAGGAGGAGGGAAAGACCGCAGGGUUCUGCAGUGGGACCAUGACUACCGCAAAAAGAGCGAGAUUGAGGUUCCUGAGGCUUUCGGCCCUGUCCGCACUCUAGCUGAAGGAAAACAGGACGAGCUGUUUGUGGGAACAACCCGAAACGCUGUUUUACGGGGCUCUUUUUCUGGUUCCCUCACUCCUAUUGUUCAGGGUCACACUGAUGAGUUGUGGGGCUUGGAUGUGCAUCCCAGUACUGAACAGUUUGUGACAUGUGGUCAAGACAAGCAGGUCUAUCUCUGGGACACAACUUCUCAUCUGCCUCUAUGGAGCAAGGCCAUCGAGGACCCUGGGCGUAGCAUUGGAUUUCAUCCCAAAGCCCCUGUGCUUGCUGUGGGCACCAUGACAGGAAGGUGGUUAGUGCUGGACACUGACACCCGUGAUCUCGUCUCUAUGCAUACAGACGGCAAUGAAAUCAUCUCCGUUGUUAAAUAUUCUCCAGAUGGGGUGUACCUGGCCGUGGGUUCCCAUGACAACUUUGUUUACAUCUACUCCGUUACUGAGAAUGGCAGGAAAUACAGCCGUGUUGGCAAAUGCACUGGACACUCCAGCUUUGUCACUCAUCUCGACUGGUCCACCAACAGCCAGUUUAUUGUAACCAACUCAGGCGACUAUGAGAUCUUAUACUGGGAAGCAUCCAGUGGGAAGCAUGUAACUAGUGCAGAUGCAGUGCGUAAUCUAGAGUGGGCCACCUCCACCUGUGUGCUGGGUUUCAAUGUGUUUGGGAUCUGGCCAGAGGGUGCUGAUGGCACAGACAUUAAUGCUGUAUGCAGAUCACAUGACAAUAACCUCCUUGCCUCAGCUGAUGAUUUUGGCAAAGUGCACUUGUUCUCUAACCCCUGUUCCCAGCCAAGGGCUCCCAGCCAUGUCUAUGGUGGGCAUAGCAGCCAUGUGACCAACGUUGCCUUUCUCCAUGAUGACAGUCAUCUUAUUUCUACUGGUGGGAAAGACACCAGCAUUCUUCAAUGGGUGCUCGCUUAGUCACAUCUGAGGCGUCCUGCUGCAACCUCACUGUAGACUCCUGCCCACUAGAGGGCAGCACUGCUGUGCCUAAUUCCCUUUCCUGCUGUCCUGUUUCCCUCUACUGUGUACUAUUUUAUUAGGUUUUCCAUUAAGUGCUGGUACAGAGUCAGUUUUGUCUCUUGUCGAGGUGUAAUUACCAUGAUUGUUUCAGGGGUUGAGGCUGAGUUUAAAUCGGUGAUAAUUGGCGAACUCUUGUCUAAAGUCAAUUGUACGCUUUGCUGAAUCACCACUAGAAGGAGCUCUGGUGCAGAAGAAGCAUGUUGUCUACUGUUGACACUAUUUAAGCCUAUUUAAAGAGUUUUAGCUGCAUUUAUCUGUGUUGCUGACGCCUAUAGAAAUAUAUAAUGCUGUCACUUAGUGGAGGUUGUAUUUUAAUAUUGGAAAUACAUAAUAAUGCCGUGGCACUUGGCUUUUGAUGCAUAUCUAGGGGAGAACUUAAGCUGUGCUUUGCCUUUUAUUUGCUAAUAAAGUUUGCCAUAUAGCAAUGAA